AUGUUCGCCAUUUCCGUCAACCCCCUCAUAGAGUGGGCGUCCAACAUACCUGAGGAUAGCCCCUGGAACCUCGCCGUUAUCAUUCCCCUCAUACUUCUGGGCCUCUACUACCUCUUCGGGAGUAUCCACGCCAUCAUGGUCUUCUCCGACUGGUUCGGUCGACGAUUCACAUCCGUCACCGGCGCCGCGACCGACAGUCCGCUGACGCGCGCAAUGUACCUCGGUCUCUGGCUCGACGGCUCCAUCCUCAUGAUCGCCGCUGUCCUCGUCUCGCCGCUCGGGAUCCUCGCCGCCAUGGCCACGGCCCCGUUUGUCGCGUUGGCGUUGGCGGCAAAGAGACUUCUCGGGCGUCGGGUCGCGGCGCGGAGGGGGAACGGCAAGGGGCUCGUCGAGAUGAUGUUUCUGGAUUUGGAAUCGCCGGUGCAGAUGGCAGCUGUGGCUUUCGUGGCCGGGGGGCUCAUACUGGGCCACCUGUGGACGAUAUGA